GGCUCCAGCGGCGCUUGCAGUCUGCCGAUCGCUCUCUCUCCGUCUCCCUCGCUCUCUCCGCCCGCUUUCGCUUGUCACCUGCGCCGGAGGGGGCGAUGGAUCGCGCCUGGCCCUCCGAUCCCCCGGCGGCCUCCGCCGCGCUAAGGGACGGGCUCCUGCCGUCGCCCAAGCCCCCGGCGAAGAAGCAGGCGGUGAAGCGCCACUACCACAAGCACAACCUCCGGCAUCGCUACGAGUUCCUGGAGACCCUGGGCAAAGGCACCUACGGCAAGGUGAAGAAGGCGCGGGAGAGAUCUGGCAAGCUGGUAAGGAGAGAGAGGGAAGCGUGUGCGUGUGCGUGUGCAUGUGUGAGUGUGCGAAUCCGCUUUACGCCAGUAUGCCGGGACCCUUCAGGCUAAGGUGCCUAUUGCGCUGCGUGCACAUUUCCGCCAAAGCUUAUCGGCCAGUUCUUGGUUCUUGGGGUUCCAGGCAGGAUUCUGACCCUGUGCCAACUCCUAGGUGGGGAGGUCCCAGCAGCCCCCCCCAUAAAAUAUUUGAAGGGGCCAGGCACCCCCAAAGUUGAUUGGCACUGACAUUCAAAUAGGGUGCGCGCGCCACAUCUUGUGAUCGAUUAUGUGGGGUGGGGCUUAUCUGCCCCCAGCCAAAUAUUCUAUUCAGGUUGGCACCCCUGGUUGGAGCUGCUGCAAACCCGGACGCGCUUACACGGAAGUCAGGCCCCUUGAACGCCUUGCUUGCUCCUAAUCUUGCAUAGGAUCGCGCUGUUGAUCGGUCUCCUCCUUUGCAAGGUGUCAGAACAGGGUUGCCCCGAACAAGUUCCUUUGCUUGCCUGGAUAGAAUCCUCCCUCACCCUCCGCGGUGCCGCAGUUUGAUUUUUCUUCCCAGAAGGAUUCCCCGGGAAGAUCUCCCUUGAAUCUUCCCGCUGUUUGUGCCACCAUCAGCACUGCUGUUCCUUUUCAGUUUAGCAGCGAGGUGGCUGGCAGCGGCAGGACGCCCUCGGCCAAAUCCCCCUGCCUCAAAGCCCUUUCUCCCUCUGUCUGCCUCUGCGGCAAGCGCGGCGUUCUCGUCCUCCAGGUUUUAAGCUGUGUAAGCCGGCAACUGGGACCUCCUUUGCAUUUCUGGAUGGCGAGAUGCCUGGCAGCGGCUCUAUGGUUUUUGCGCAUCUGAUGCCAUAAAGGUUGGCAGAUUCUCCCUGGGAGAUCACAGAAGUCUUCAUCCUCUACAGCGCAGGGUUCCCUGCCGCAGACAGCAAAGGCUGCGGGGCGAUUGGUGCUGCAGGAGAGCGCUUUCCAAGGGGGGGGGGCGACGCAGGGGCGCGUGAAUCGCCAUUGCACAGCCUGCAGGGUUUGCUGGUGCCCGGGGCAGCUUCGAGAUCCUUGGGAAAAAUGUCUUUCUCUCACCCACCAACCCCCAGCAUAGAAAUAGAUUGCAUAAUGAAUGUCAGUUAUCUUCUGCCAGAGUGCGUUUUAAAAAAUAAAAAUAAAAAAAAUCUGCAAUUCAGAUGACCCUUGUAACUAGUUCUGCAAUCUGAGUCUAUGCAGAUUUACUCAAAAAUAAAUUUCACUGGUUUUUAAUGAGACUUACUUGGAGAUAGUGGCGCAUGGGUUGGCAGCCUUCACGAAUUGUGAAGUUGCAGGGAAGGGAGGUGUGCAAAGAGAAAGAGGUUGGUUGGGUGGCCCUGUGAGACAGGGAUCACCCCCCCCACACACACUUUUUGGCAAAGGCCUCCUGGUUCCAAAUUAGUGAUGCAAACAGUGAAGGCAAAGCGAAUUAAUCCUAAUCUGAGUUAAUAAACUAAAUUGGCAAGCUGUGGGACAGGCCUGUGCAAGUUAAGGGUGGCCUUGCAAAACUUCACUUUCCUGGUGUGAAUCAUUCUGGCUGGUGAGGAACAGAGUGGUAGGAUUAAGGGCAAUUACAUCCUACUGAGCCAGGGUGGUGAAAAUUUCACCUCUUCUGCAAGACUGCCUUAAGUAGCUUUCUUUUUUGGUGACAAUGGCAAGGCAUUUAUAGCAGCAGCUUCCUUGCAAGGCUGAGCUUUGGUGGUAGCCAAAAUGCCCUUGUAAAAUGGGAGGGCAAGUGGUCUGGGGGCCCCUUUUGGCAAUGGCACUCUUUUCUUUCCCCUUAAAAGUAGAGGACAAAGCUAGCCAAUCCUCUGCUGCUAUAUUUAGUUCUCCUCUCUCCUCUGCUGUUAUUGAUCUGACAUGAAUUGCCUGUCACUGCCACUGUUUGCCUUUGUGGCUGGCCUCAUUUGAAAUGGGGAAAGUCGACUUUCAUUGGCUGGAGUUUUCAGGCAGGGAGGGAAUCUCUGCAGAAUCUAGGAAGGGACCCAAAGCUCUCAGGGUCGGUCUCUCUCUCUCUUCUGAUUUGACCUUGCUGUGCUGGUGUAAAUUAGUAUUUCUGGGGAAGGUACAUCAGUGUCUGUGUGAACACAAUUAAAAUUAACCCAAAGGUUGUUAGGGACUGUGUUCUAAUAGCAGCACUUCCAGGUUCUGAACACGGGCACCUAAGCCUGUUAGAAACCUACUGCACAAUGACAGUGGUCUCUCUACAAAACCCCUGUAGGAGAAGGCGUGUCUAUGCAGGCCUUGGCAAAGCCCUGGAUUUUGGGAAUAAAUUAAUCUGGUGGCAUGAUCAUCUUGGCCCAUUAGUGAGCAGUGUUGAUGUGGGUGGUGGAUAAACAGCUCCCAGUCAUGCUGACUGAAGUGGCAGUUUUGUUUCCUUGUGAAAGGGGAAUUUGCAUGUUGACUUUUGGGAAUUGUAGAAGGAAAGAAUAAAUAUUACUGCAGUAGUGGGCUUGGCCUUUUUCUGCAGUGCUGAGUUGCUCAAACAUGCAAACAAAAAUUGCAGGUAGUCUGGCACAACCCGAUGCCUCUUUUGUUUUGCAUCAUAUCCAGCCUAAUCUAAUGAAUUGUGCCUAUCCCACCCCCACUCCUUUUGAAGGUUGUUUGCAAACUCAAACUGCAAACUACAGAUCAAUCAUGGAGUGUAGUGUUGAACCACGAGGGUCAUCUAGUCCUAGUCUAGUGCAGGAAUCUUUUGCCCAAUGUGGUGGGGAGAUUGAGUCUCCUGCUGUACCAACUGAGCUAUCUCUGCUACCCUCUUCUGGGGUUCUUUGCUUAACAUCUAGCCUGAUAAAAACACUUUUGGGGGGCCCUACCAGGUGUUACCUGGCUCCUAUUAAUACAUUCAAACCUUGUUAAGCUUCACUGGGCUUAUGGUUGCUGGGUCUAAAGAUCACCCUUCUUCAUAUUGCCACCUUGGUUUCUUUAACUGACAAGUCUGUUAAGUAUUUUUCAAGUCCUUGAUCAGUGGCUUUAACAAAUUGCCUGAUUGUAGCCCUUAGGCAACCAGGAAUUCCAUCCUGGCCAGUGAGCAGGCUGGUGGCAUAUGGAUGGAUGGAACUCUUGAUAAAGCCCUCCUCUUGCCAGACCAUUUGGGUGAGGGGUGCUCAUUCCUAUGCACAUUUGUCUGGAAAUGCACACUGAUAGCCUCUUAGCAGACUGGUGACUUUUGUGACUUUAUUUCCAAGGCUGAGUUCACCAUGCAGCAACUGUGCAGGGACAUAGCAAAGGAAGAUCUGCUAUUAAAGCCAAGAACUGUUUAGUUGCGACUCUUGCAUUGCAUUGGACUAGAUGAUCCUUGGGAUCCCUUGCAACUCUACAGUUCUAUGAUUGUAUUUUUCUGUAAGUAUGUCUGGCACUGUCUUCUUGGGCAAUACCAGCAUUGCUCUCCAGAUGCUACAAAUAUCAAACGGUGCAGCUCCUCUCCUAAUUUCAAUGUAAAACCCCAAUUUCAUUCUGUUUAUUCCAUUUCCACAUGAAUGAAAAUUGAGAUGUAUGUGAUAACCGGUGCCUCUGUGUAGAAGACACAAGAGUCACCAUAUCUCAGUGAAUCAUCUUGAUACCUGCUUUUGCUGACAUCUAGGCCUGCUUAGGCUUCAAAUGCAUCCAAGCAAAUCUUGCUCUGUGAUGUUGUGGAUCAAAGGAAGUAUAUCCUGAGUCAGCUGUAGAGGAGUGCACAUUUUAAAUGAACUGAUACUGUGUCAGACGUACUGUGACUGAAGAAACCAAUGAACUUUUAAUGCAGGCACCUUUCUAUGUAAGUGCCCCACCGGGUACUUAAUAUAUUUAUUUGCAAACAAAGCUCAUAUCGGGCCUUAUGAAAUUACUGGUUUAUUUGCUUACACAGAGAUUAUGAGCAGCCUCCUUUUCUAUCUGGAGCUUCAUGUGAAACUGCAGACCAGAUGAAAGUGAUGAGCUGAAUUGGUUUCUACACCUGUUUGCCAUUCUACGUCUGCCUAAAUGCUGGAGAGUAGCUUUUAGCUUUUGGCUUUCCGCCAAAUCAAACAGGAAGCCUGCUGUUUCUAUAGACUUUGCUAGCAAAAUGUGAUACAUGGACUCCUAGUCCUGUGCUGUGCAGACAAAGGGGGAGGGUAGUGUGCCUAAAAAUGGAAAGUCUCUCUCUCUCCCCACCCCACACCCCCAGUAUCUUGGGAAUAUUGUGGGGAAUAGCUGUUGGUCUACUGGUCUGUGGCGGCAAAAACAGAGAGCUUGUGGCACUGUUGACACUCACUCUCUGCCAGCAGGAUAUAAUUCAUUGCUUUCUGGGACUAAAGCAGUGAGCAGAAUCUGGAACUGGUUUUGGAACCACCUGACAAACUUUCAUUACCUGUCGGGAGAUCUCUUCCUCUCCAAAACCAUAAUUAAAACCGGAUUUGAAAUGGGCUUUAAAGCCAAAUUAUAACAAUCAAGCAGAACUGACUGGGGAUAUACGUGGUCUGCCUACAAUCAUAGUGCACUAUAUACAGUGGUUAAGCCUCACAAAAGAUGUGCCUAGUCUAACUGGGAACUUUCUCAAAGUCUCUUGUUGGCCAUAGACACUUACUUUCCAAGUGCAUUAUGAACAGGGGCAGGGGAAUUUCUUAUGGGUCUACAAUCAUGCUCUGAUCUUCAUUGCUGCCAUCUAAUAUGAGUCCUGCUCAGCUCCUGCCACCCCACCCCCAUCAAAUGUCAUCCUCAGUGAAGAAGAAAAAUCAGUGAGAUGGAUAAAAAGUUGCUAAUUUUUGCAUGCCUUCAAUUUGUACACUUUAUUGUCAGUUAUGUGUGUGCAUUUCUACAGAAAUGAUACAUUUCUAACACAGGACCAGGCUAAAGGCCAUGGGUAGCCACAGAAAGCACAGAUCCGGUUACUCUUUUUUUUAGCAAAAUUAGGAGCUUCCACACAAUUUCAGCUUCUAAUGUGUCCCUUCAGGGAUCUCUAGGAUGAAAAGUUUCAGAAAAUCAAUAAUGCAAGCCUGGAUUAUUGUUGAUACUAAUUUGGGAUCGGAUUAUCAACAUUCAUACAUCGCACAUUGAGUGUGUUAGUUGCAGGUUUAAUCACUUCAGAAACUAGCUAAAAUUAAUUUGCUAAUCCAGUCACUGCGGGGUCACUGAGGAAAAUGUAGCACCUCCUCACACUUGAGUCUGUGUGCUGGAAGGGCAGCCAGGCAGGUGCACAAAGGCCUGCAUGUGCUAAUACAUGUGAGCACACUUUGAUUUGUGUGGCCGUCGCCCUUUAUUAAUUUAUAGUACUUUUAUAUCACUUUUUGCCAUACAAUGGUCCCAAAGUGGAGCUAUUAAAAGGCUGACUCUUCUCUUCCCAAGUGAGCUCAGUCUGGCCUCCAAGCUGUGGUCCUUUAAUUGUCAGGCAGCACUCUUAAUUUCUGGGAAGGCAAGGCAGGUGGCUCUUGGGUAGCUGUGCCCAAAUCCUUAGGGCAGUUCAGACCAGACUAGAUGCCAGGCAUUCUGGGCACAUGCCUCUGGGUCAGUGAAUAAUGGAGCAAUGGGGAUUCUCAAUAGUGGGGGUUCCUGAGGGGAGGGGGUGGAAUGGAUGAGGACCUUUGUAAAAUUAGUAGGCUGCAUCUUUGUCUGUUUACCAAAAAAGGGCUUUGCAUUGUCCAACAGUUGUGCACAUUCCAGAAGGGAGACCAGGUGAUAAGGCACUGAGGCAGAAAGGGUUAAAGAUUAACCCCCUGAACCAAGGCCACUUAGGGAAAGUGACUUGAGCUCAAACACACCAUCUGUAUUGCUUCCAACAUUAUUUACACCUCCUAUUUAUUUGGUUCCCCCAUUCAACCUUGCUAGUUGGUAGGCAAUGCAUUUAGCAGAUAAAGUCUUUACUGGAUGUGGGCGUGAUGCUCCCUACUUGUAACUGUAAUGCCAAGUGUAGGUUGGAUGUUGACUUAUGUGACAACUCUGGAUUAAGUAAUUCCUAUUGCAAGAAAACUGGGCUGCCCCCUGCCCCCAGGCACCUCUCCCUAUAUUAUUCAUUUUCUUUUAUGUCAUUGAUUGAUCUAUACAUCUCUCUUGCACAGAAGAACCUGCUUUGAACUUCCCUGAUCAUUUUUGCAAGAAAUGAUUCAUGAUGUGCCUGGUUGAGCUCACAUAAUUGGUUUAUCUUUUGGGGAUACAAUUCCUUAACUUCAAAAAGCUCAACAAACUCAUAAGUGGGAAAGUGGUGAUGAAAUAGGUAUUGCUAAACAACACACUGCUGUGGCAAUAUUGCCCAGUGACCCUAGAUAUGGAGAGCAGCCAGCAUUGGUGGGUAUGGGUUAACAAAUUCUGGGACUUGCAUGCACCACUUACAUUUCUCUGAAAAUAUUCUUGUUAGGAUAGUUUUUGUGAUUAUUACACUGUGAUUGAGGGCAACUUUUAUUUUCCUAAAAGUGCAGUGGGAAAGGCCACCAUCUUGGAUUCUCGUUUGGCUCGCUUGGAAGCUUGAAAGCAAACCAUUUAGAAUUGUAUAUGACUGCUAAAAUCAUGCGAUUUUUUUGAAUAGGAAGUGCACAUGAAUCUGAUUUCUUGGAUCCCAAGCUAACUUUCUAACUAGCAACUGGACCAUCUCUUGAUUCUGUUGCCCUUAGUCAGGCCUCCAAGGCCAGACCUCUUUGCUGCCGAGGCAAACAGGGUACCCCAUCCUUUGGUACCCAUUGGUACCCCAUCCUUUGAAAUACUUACGGUAAAUCAGGGGUAGGCAACCUAAGGCCCGUGGGCCGGAUCCUGCCCAAACACCUUCUCAGUCCGGCCCAUGGACGGUCCGGGAAUCAGAGUGUUUUUACAUGAGUAGAAUGUGUCUUUUUAUUUAAAAUGCAUCUCUGGGUUAUUUGUGGGGCAUAGAAAUUUGUUCAUUUUUUUCUUCAAAAUAUAGUCCGGCCCCCCACAUGGUCUGAGGGACGGCCCAUGGCUGAAAAAGGUUGCCGACCCCUGACUUAAAUGCACAGUGCCGCCCUCUAUCUGUUAGUGGUAAUAGUGAAUUGUGUGUUGAUGGUGGUUGCAUGGGAGAGAGCUCUAACACUUCACUGCUUUUGGGAUGCACGGCCAGGCCUCCCUUUCCUUGUUGUUGCUGGGAGGCUUAGUAUUAUGUGUCCUCCAGGAUCCUUUUACAGGAUUAAUGCUGUUCCGCAUUCUUGUCUGAUAGAAGAAACGAGGUUGUGCUGGAUUCCCUUGUAAAUUCAACCCAAGGAGUCCAUUGUCUUCACAAUCCCUUUGAAAGAGGAUUAGCUGCAUCUAUUCUCUGGUCCUCUCACUUUCCCUCUCUCCUCCCCUUCAUUUCCUUGUGGAGGAAUUUUCAUAAUAAAGAAAUCUGAGCAAACUUUGGAAGGUUUCCUCCUGCCGGUUCAAAUUUCCACCAUUUUGGAUUGCUGGUUGUAUUGCUGGGGUGGGGAGGGGGGAGGAGUUCUGUGUUUACUAGUACUUCUUUUCCACAAAAGAGAACAUUACCUGGAACUCAUGGCUUCUCUUCCAUUUCUUUCUUGCUUUAUAAAUUUGAGCGACUUAUUCUCAGUCUAAUAUAACAGAGAACUGUUCCUAAGGGCAUCAACUAAAGCUAUUGAUAUUACAUCAUGUUCACUGGUCACAUUCCAUACAGUGAUGUAUCCUAACUGCAGAAGGAUCAUUUUUAAUAGAUAUCACCCCUGUGACACAGAGCUUGUAGCUGGUCUAUUUCCAAUCAUGAACACACUGGUAUGUUGUAUUUCCAUCAGCAAGGAAGGAGAUGACUUAUUGGGUAACCAUUUUUCAAACUCCCUGUUUUCCAGGUUGCCAUCAAAUCUAUCCGGAAAGACAAAAUAAAGGAUGAGCAGGAUCUUGUCCAUAUCCGGAGAGAGAUUGAAAUAAUGUCGUCUCUCAAUCACCCCCACAUCAUUGCUGUCCAUGAAGGUAAGAACAUUUAACACACUGCCCCUCUCCAGGUACAGGUGCCACUGUAUAUCCAUAUAAUAUUGGUGCCAGCCUCCUUUUCAUUAUUUUUCAGAUGUCUGACUUUUCAGAAAGGGGUCAGACUGAACUCAAGAAGUUGUAGCUCCAACCAGAUAUACAUGGAGAGACCCGUAUAUAAUCAAUUCUGAUAUUGUUAAAUAUGAUAUGCAUAGGGCAUGAUUUCCAUUUACUAUAGGUAUCAAAAGUGUGGUAAAAUGUUUCUGUAAUUUUUAGGAGGCUAUCUGCAAAACUAAUUGGGGAGGCCCCACAAAGUUCUUUUCACUAAGCAGUGCUGGUUGCUGUUUCUUCUGUUUCCCGUUCUAAUGUACAAAUAAAUGCCAUUUUUCGUCAACUCCACAAUGUUGCAAGGGUUGAAACUCUCUGUGGCUUCUACCGGAGGCACAAAUGGAUGACUCAGUAGUAGCAGCAGCAGCAGCACACAGAUCUAGAGGGUAAAAGUUCCCCUCCUACACCCUUUCGUACUUUCUUCCUUGUUUUUGUGUACAAAACAACUUGUAGUGGUGGCAUGGUCUCUCUCUAUUUUUAUUUUUUUUAAAGCAAUAGCAGCCAGCUCCUAUUAUUUCCAGCUUUGAGAGUAAGGAUUCCUGCAAAAUUGUUCUUAGAACUCUGUGAAAUGCCACGUAAGGUGUGUGUUCUAACCUGGAGCCUGGCUCCAGGUAUUGCAUAUUUAUUGUUGGCAUAUGGCAGAUACGUGCAGUAUUGUAAAUACUGGUGACGGUGAGAGUUCUUAAGGCACCGUGCUGCUAAAUAUAGCAGAAGGGUUGGCAUUUCACAAGGCUCUGUGUGUUUGUACAGCCUGUGCCAUUUGGUCCAUAGCUCUUACUUUAACCCCAAAAUGACUUGAACGGUGUGUUAAAUCGUGAUAGGAAAAACCUGACCCUAAGCUACUAACUUGUAAAAUGCAUUAGACUUGAAUGAAAUGUGCCUGUUUGUUAAACAGGCAGGUGUUGUGCCAUCUUAGAAUUUAUAUGAAUGUACUCUUUAAAAUAACGCUGCAUUUGCAGCUGAACUGAACUGAAAUGGUACCCUAGAGCACCAACUUCAUGAGCCUGAUUUGGAAGGGACACAAGUCAGGAUAGGACAGGGACGGGGUUGUUGGACUAGAAUGCCCAUCAUCCCUAACCAUUGAUCACCUUGGUUGGAGUUGAUGAGAACUGGGAAUCCAACAAUGUCAAGAGGAGCAGAAGUUCCGCACUCUUGGGAUAGGAACUAAAGCCACAGACUUGUCAUCAAGAUUGUUCAGCUUAGACAUCUUGGAUUCUUUGUGAUUCAUCUUAAUGCCGUCCCUGUUCUUGUUCAUGUAGUAUUUGAAAACAGCAGCAAGAUUGUCAUUGUGAUGGAGUAUGCCAGCAAGGGAGACCUCUACGACUACAUCAGUGAGCGCCAGAGAUUAACUGAGCAGGAAGCCCGACAUUUCUUCAGGCAGGUGGUGUCUGCUAUCUACUACUGUCACAAGGUGAGUCAAUUGGAUGACUUAAAGUCUUGGUGCACCUUCUUAUGUCUGUGCUGUUUCUCCAGCAGUUACUUAAGACACUUGGAAAGUCAAGAAGCGUAGGAGUCUUGAGACUCUGUUCAAAUAUCACCAGGAGUUGCCUCCUUGUCUUCAUUGAUCUCCCCAAUGGUGCUGCUUUCGCUUGGGAAAAUCCACAGUUUACCGCUGAAGCUGAGCAAACCGGAUUGCUAUUUGUUCCAGUUUAGCACUAAAGCACAGGCUGUCUGUGGAAAAGCAGCAGGGCAAAGGCAGAACUGCUCUGACCUGUGCCUAGAAACCACGGGGCAAGCGGAAAACCACUCUGACCCAUUCAUAAGCCUGUGUGAAACAAGUAUGUGGAUCUGCAUUGGUCUACAGGGAACAUACAGUGCACAAUAUAUUUGCAUCACCAUGCAGCAACAUGCUUCAAGCACGGAGCAUACAAUAUGUUAUGAAUGAACUGUUAUAGAACAGUUACAGAUAUAAAGGCUAGUAAUUAUUGGCAGUCAUAGGAAUUUUGAUGUUAACAAGGACAUAAACAUUGGCGGGCUACCUUCCUCCUUAAAGGAAAGAAGUGAUAGGGGAGGGCUAUUAGACCCUUGUCCUGCUGUACAUAAGUGGGCCAGUUUGAGCAAUACUGCCCAUUCCAAGGCAUGGUGCCCCUGGGACAAGUCACCUGAAUUAUAGUGUACACAUAGGCCCAAACUGCAUGCUCAGUUUCCACAAAGGUUUUUAUGCGCACAGGCUGUGUUGUUUGGAUGUGUUCUAUGUGUAGUAUUGGAUUGGACAGGUACUGCGUUCUGCGCAGAGGUGUUACGGUGUUGGGAGACAAGCAAAGCUGCAUAUUUCCUCAGGGUGUUUUGUGUACUGCUAAGGCACUGUUUUCCUAACGAGGUUAGUCACAGUAGUAUUGUCAAUGUCAACCUUGCACUUGGGGGAACACCCAUAGCUGUCACACUGGAUUUAAUACUAAAAAUGUAAAGCAUUCUGGCUUGCAUUUUCACUUUUACUUGAAGCGAAAGGGUCCCUGUGAAGCGACAAAUUCAGUUGUGCUGAUCUGUAUGGGGAAUGCGAACAAACCUCUUUCUACCUGCUGUGUCAUCAGAUUUUUUUAUAGUUUUAAAUCUUGACUGUUAAGGAAACAGAUGCUGGUAGUAUUGCAUCACUGAAUGUUUAGAGACAGAGCCCAUGAAAUUUCGUUGACUCUUGAAAGUCUGGAUUUGGUUAAUUUUAUUUUUGCCACUUGCAAAGUGUAUACCAAAAAUGGUAAGCUCAUUUGCUAAACUGGAAAGCAGCUAAUCUCAUUUAUUCUACCUUCAAAAUGUAUUCCUGUGAUUUGAGGCAGACAAAAAAACUUAAGGUGAUAGAUUGAGCUUGGAUAAAGCACUCAUAAUAUAUACCCUGGCAAUAAAUGUCUAGAAUUCCUGGCCUCCUCCUACUUUGCAUGUUUUGUUUUUGUUGCAGAAUGUGGGGAGGAAUGUAGAGAUGCAGGUUUUGGAACUCUUUCUUUUGGGAAGGAAUUUUGGGAUUCUAGGAAUGUUAAAGGCCAGAGGACAAAAUGGGCUAGCGUGGUACAUAGGAAGGUGUGAGCAGGGAACAUAAUUGCAAUUUGUCAUGGCAUUACCUAAACUCCACAUUGCAAUAAUAUGGACUAGGAGCCUGACUUCUUUCUACUUUGCUCAUGAAAUUGUUAAAUAUCAGGCAAUGAUAGCAACUGAAUGUGCUGGCUCCAUCACAUGAUUUCAGGUCCAUGGCAGAUAGUGGUACCAAACAUUGGUCAGAUAAUAGGCAAUAUGUGGAUGGCCAUGACAUGAUGCAUCUUGAAUGCAAAGGAGAGAGUUUUGUGCUUGUAUCUGAGAAAUGACACUAGCAAACCUGACAUCUUUCACCCACCAUCUUGUUUUGGAGAUGGGGAAACAAGAAUAGCAACAUGCAACACUUGGUUAAAGAGGUCCUUUGUAGACAUUCAGAGCUUUUGUCAUUGUUUAGUGCAAUUGGAGCUUUCAUUUGUGGUGAUCCUACUUAUUUUCAUGGACUUGCGAUUAUGAAAACAUGGCUCUCAGGUUUGUAUGCAAGCACAUGCUCUUAUGGAAAGUUCUCUAGUUGUGUAGAAGAGCACUACGACAGUAGAAUAAAGUGGAAGGUUCUCAAUUUGAACCUAAUUGUUGGGCUGAACAUUUGUUGGAAUCCCUUGUUAGAACUUUCUCUCCUGUAUUCCUAGUGGGUGUGUAUAUUGUGUCUCUCACUUUAGUUUCCUGUCUGGCUGCUUUGGGCUUUUUGCCCUUAAGAAAAAAACCAAGAGUCUGUUAAACACACUGCUAGCAUCUCUAUAGAUGGACAGAAUUAGUAGAGGCAGACUUCUAGCAUGCUUUGGCUUCCACCAGAAAAAACAAACCUAAACUCUCCUUUUCCCUCUCUCAACAGAAUGGAAUUGUUCAUAGAGAUCUGAAGCUAGAAAACAUCCUUCUGGACGCUAACGGCAACAUCAAGGUAAGUGGAGCUAUUCAAGUUUGUCAGUAGCUUGUAACAUGUGAUGCUCAAAUGUCUGUGAGGACAUUAUUUGCACCUUUAAAGUCAAGGUUGCUUUCAGAUAUUAGCAAAAUAUACAGAAAAAGAGGACUUUAAAACUGCAAUAGAAAGCUAAUGACAAAAUUAAAAUCAAUGCAAGAGAGAAAGGGGGUGGGAAUCUAAUAAACGUUGUAGCCAGUGAAUAUGCUUUACAUUUGCAUUGUGGAGUUGGAACCUGGAGUCUUAAUGUUUGGGAGGCCACAACACCCUUCAUCCUUGACCAUUGACCAGGCUGGCAGGAUGUGAUGUGAUUUGGAGUCCAACAACAUCUGGAGGGCAGAUGUUUGGGCAAGGAUGGUUCAGACCAUGUUCUCUGUGGGUUGUUCUCAUUUCUAAACUGGCACCCGCUACAGUUGGAUGCCAGGGUUGCAAAGGGGAAAGGUGAGCCUUGCUAUUUCUUGUAACUGUGGAAAACAAGAAAAUGCUGUCCUCCAGAUCCUUGAUAUUUGUCGGGGACCAGGAUCCUUUAACCAGAGAGACGAAGGAGCUAUAAAUAGCCAGCGGUUACCAGAAUACCAGGGCAUAUCUCCCAUGAUAAACAUGCAGCUAUUCCGUGUAAUCCAAAUAGUGACUCAUGGCAAGUUAGGGAUAAGGGGAAAGUUUUUUGUGGCUUACAAGCAAGGAGGAAAUGCCUGUGUCCAAGAUGAUUAGACCACAUAUUUCAGUUGUCAGGCUUAAGAAUAAUCCAACAGAGUUUAUCCUGGUUCUGUGCAAAAGGAUAAUACCUAGAGUUGUCCUACUAUGGAAUAAUAAGAAAGUGAAAUUCCCAGGCACCUUUUGAGCAACAGAUGACCAAGUAGGAAACUUCUCUGAUAAUUGAAAGAAGCAAUGUUGACUAUUCACACUCAGUGGAAGCAUAAAUCUUACGCCAAGGGUAGCCAGUAUGUGGCCCUCCAGAUAUCAUAAAAUCAUAGAUUUGUAGAGUUGGAAGAGUCUACGAGGCUCAUCUUGUCCCAACCUUCUGCAAUGCAGGACUCUUUUGCCCAGUGUGGGGCUUGAACCCAUAAGAGUCUGAGCCUCCGCCAGCACAGCCAUUAGUUAGGGAUGACUGAGUUUGCAGUCCACCAGCAGACAGUACAUAAGGGCAGCACCUUGGGCUACCCUUUUCUUUAUGCAGAGAAAAGAAAUCCAUUGUAAUAGCUUUAAAACUGUGAUGGUCUUACUGGACCGCCAGGCAUCUGGUACAUCAACUAAUUCCCAUAGGCGCUUACGUAGCCAAACCCUUCUGUAGGGGACCUAUGAGGUCUGGGUUCACAGAGGUGAUGAGGGAUGCAUGAAGAUGGCACUGCCUCAAGGCCCAGAUUUGUGGUGUCAGCCCACUGAGUUUCCUACCUUUUAUAAUGCAGCAAGAGGGACUGGUAGGAAAAUGUGGUAUCCCAGAACUGUUAAAAUCCAGGGGGCUUUAACUCCUCAUAUAUUGCAAGGAUAAGGAAACAACGCUUCCAAAGUUCUGCUUAAUGGCAUAAACCACAUACUCUUUCACCCAGAGAGUUUUUCCUCCUUAAAAAAAAAAGAGCCAGUCAACUGUUAACAUAAUGGAGAUUUUUGUGCAGUUAAUAAUAAACAAAGACCUCCCAUGGCCUAUGUUGCCUGAACAAUAGGCCGUUCCGCAACUGUGAACCUGGAAACAUGUUCUGUACCUUCUGGCUGAUAUGAUUGGCUGUGAGGCUGGAUAAACAAAGGUAUUAAAAAUGUGGUAUCAGCAGAUGCUUGCAGCUGUGGCACAAGCGCAAGGCUGGUAGAGCUCAGCUGCUCAGUUCUUCAAGCCCUGGUACAUUCCUGAUGAAGCAGUUCUGCUUUUAGUCUAGGAACUGAAUGUGCUUUUAGGGCUUCCACCUUUUUCCUGGAAGGCUCCUGAACAAGUGCAUGGCAGGCAGAAAUUCAACUGGUGCAGCUGUGAUCCAGUGCCCAGCCCUAGAAGCUGUGGGUUCAGAUUUCAAAUCUUAAUUCAGGCCAGCAAUGUUUUUAAUAGACACAAUGCAGGUUAUGGUAGUGGUCUUCCACCAACAACAGUGCUAACCUGUGACCUUAUUUCCCUCCCACCCCUAGAUUGCAGACUUUGGCCUCUCCAAUGUCUUCCAACAAGACAGGUUCCUCCAGACCUUCUGUGGGAGCCCCCUCUAUGCAUCCCCUGAGAUCGUCAAUGGAAGGCCUUACAAAGGACCUGAGGUAAGAGGGCUACUUAUAAAACAAAACUCCAGACCCAACCAUUCUCUCAGGCCAGUCCCUCAUGGGCUGGCAGUUAUGUACCCUCUAGUCUGGGCUUCUCUCUCGUCUUCUGCCUUCCUUCAGGGCACAGAGGCCUUAGGCAACCCCAGGGAAGGUGAGGGUUCCCCUUCUUAGACCACUGAUGGUUCUGUCCAUGUGCUCCCAGGCCUGAGGUUCCUUGUCUCAUUUCCUUAGCAAAUAAGAUGAUAUUGUCUACAUGGCACAUAGUUCAAAUUAUGUGUCUUGAUAUGUCUUUGCCUAGCAAUUAAAGCAGCCUGCUCCAUCCAACAUCUGCUCCAUCCAACAUAUGAGCCCUCCGUGUGUUUGGAGCUAUAACUUCUGUCAGCCCCAGCCAGCAUGGUUGGGGAUGCAGGGAGCUGUAGUCCAGUGACACCCAGAAGGCUGAAUUAAAGCAAUAGCAAUGAGCAACACAGUCCUUGUUCUUUUCACCUGCUGAUGCUUCUGUCUCUUCUGUUUCUUCAGGUUGACAGCUGGUCCCUUGGAGUGCUCCUCUAUAUUUUGAUUCAUGGCGCAAUGCCUUUUGAUGGUCAAGACUACAAGACUCUGGUCAAGCAAAUCUCAAGUGGUGACUAUAGAGAGCCCACCAAGCUAUCGGGUGAGUGGAAAUGGCAGUAGAAGUUCUGCAUUCUGCUGUUUUGAUAUUGUUUUAUGAAAGUGUGGAUUACACAUCCUGUGCCUCUCUGUGUGCAGUUAACACAAACAACAUGUAGCACAUAGCAGCCAGUGCAUGCAACUGUCCCUGUUUAUUAAAUAAAAUACGUAGUCAUGAACAUAAGGAGAGCCUGCUGGAUCAGGUUGAUGACCCAUCUUAGUCCAGCAUCCUGCUCUCACGGUGCAGCCAGACGUCAUGGCUUUUGAAUAUCUGUUAAACAGGCCAAGCCAUUGGCUGACAUGCAGGUGGAGAGGUCAGAGUCUUCACUUACUUGAAGCACACACAGAGAUUCUGGGGAAAGGAGAUUUAAAAUGGAACAUGGCCCUUACCGGUGUAUCUGAUGUGGUUUCUUUGUCCUUCAGAGGCCUGCGGCUUGAUCCGGUGGAUGCUGAUGGUGAACCCAGAGCGCCGAGCCACUAUCGAAGACAUUGCCAGCCACUGGUGGGUGAACUGGGGCUACAAGGUGCCCAUUGGGGAGCAGGAGUCCUUGCGUGAGAACGAAUCUCCAUUGGCCACAGUGGCAGAGUGGCUGCGCCGCUCCUCCAGGCCCCUCUUUGAGAAUGGCUCCAAGGUCCGCUGCUUCUUCAAGCAGCACAUCCCUGGCGUCACGCUGGAGAGGCAGCGCUCGCUGAAGAAGUCUAAGAAGGAGAAUGACGUCUCCCACGCUCUGCAGGAGACAGGACCUGUUCCCGAGAACCCAUCCAAAUCUAUCCUCAAGAGACCCAAAGGCAUCUUGAAGAAGAGGAAUUCCUGCGAGAAGACCCAGGCCCCCCCUCCUGCUCCUCCUCUAGUGAUGGCACCUCCCAUGGACAUGAGGAAGGAGGGCAAUACUGGAACUGCCCUUGAUUUGACUUGCGUCUUGUCAUCCAAGGCUUUGAACUGCAAGAACGAAGAUGUUGCAGCCACCCCUACCGCACCCAAGAAGGGAAUCCUGAAGAAGCCCCCAAAGAGAGAGUCUGGCUACUACUCCUCCCCAGAGCGCAGUGAAUCAGUGGAUGUCUUGGACUCUAGCAUGGACCUUGAUGCCAACGUCUUUUCUGGUGAUGCCUCCUCUGCACCCUCACCUCAGAGCUCCAGUUAUGACCAUCACACCAGGAGGAAAGGCAUCUUGAAGCACAAUGGCAAGUACUCUUCCAGCAGCACCGAGUCAGACAGCGUGCCUGCCAAAGUCUUCUCCCCUUUUACAGAAGUUGCCUUGCCCAAGCUGCCCCUGACCUGCCGUAGUCGCCCAUCCAGUGCGGUGAGCGAGGACAGUAUCCUUUCCACAGAGUCCUUUGACCAGCUUGACUUGCCUGAUCGGGUGCUUGGGAGCGGAGGCAUCCCGAUGCGAGCAUCCGUCUCUGCGGAUGACCUCCUGCAGCUGGAGGAGGAGGGAGAGGCGGGAGGUCGGCGGCUCCGCCGCUGGACAGUGACUCGUUGCCAAAACCCUCUGGCAGAUAGCUGCUUCUCCCUGGUGGACUGCGAUAACGUCACCGAGGUCUACAAGCGGGCUGUGGCCAUCAGCAUGAAACUCAGCUGAGGGGGCCACGGGAAGACUUUGCGCUAAUCAAUGCACACAUCCGCAGCGAUGUCUCGCAGUGGCUCUGGCUCGGAAGGAACGGAGUUGUCCAAACAAUUUGCACUUCCUUUUGAGGUGGGACGAGAGAACUUUCCUCAGACUUUGUCUUCUCCUCCCCCAACAGGGUUAGAAGUGCAACCGGCUAGAAGUAUUUAUUUGUUGCAUAUGCUUUGGAAUGUAAAGAGAACACUCAAGGUUUUAACAAUGGCUUGUACUAGGUCAACAGGGUAUGGGAGUGUGUUUGGAGGGAGAAGAAGGUAUGUUGGUAGGAAGAUUGUGGAUAUGGGAUGGAUCUGUAAGGGCAGUGUAGUGGGGCUGGAGUAUUAGGGGAGAAACAUGGAGGCAUCUGUUAAGUGCAGGGCAGUGGGUUAAAAAAAUAAAUCAAUCUCUGCCUUCUCACAGUGAGUUGAAAUCCUAAAUGGUGGAGACCUGUAACACUCCCGUGAAUACUUUCAUCUUCUCCAAACAGAUCCUGAUGAUCAUCCUUUUGAUCUUAGUGACUGGGAUGGUUAUUUUAUUUGCACUGUGCUUCUUUAAUUGCACAAAGAUCAUAACUGAGGUAGAAACUCCUGAAGGGGAACAAUGAUGUGGCAAGGCAAUAGGAAAGGAAUAGCUCUUAAGCUGCAAAAAACUAGGUUUCUGGCCCCUUGGAGAGUAUCUGCACUACAAACACAGAAAAGGGUGUCUUGCUAUAUCCUGGUAUUCUCAGCCCUAAAAAAGUGGGGAGGGGGCAAGGGCUUGCUAAUGUGAUUCUGAGCAUCCUCCAUAAAAUCAAGACUGUCUUUAGAAAAGCCUUGGUGGUUGAACUAAAAGCAUGCAACCGUGGUGUAAGUAGGAUGUCAGCUGUUGAGAACUCGCCACAGUAACAGCACACAGGACCUCAGAAAGAUCCCUCACCAUCCUUCCUGCUUUGGUUUAUUUAUUCAUUUGAGCAGACUAGAAUAUUUUGAUUUUUAAUUAUAGAUUCUAAAAAUAAAAUAAAAUAAUGCAAGAUGGCUAAAGGUGUAUCUCUAUCCUUGAUGUACCUUUCCUCUCUGCACCUCCUGAGAGAGAUUGCAAUUUUGAGAAAGUCAGUUUGACAACACCUGUGACCAUUACAGCAGUCAUUGUGUAUCUCAGGAGAUUGGCCUGCCCUUAUUUUUGGGAAAAGAUAUUGACAGAAAUGCGAAUCAAAUCAGAACUGGGAACUGGGGCACAUGACAUCUGAAUGCUAAAUGGAAGCCUUUACUGGAAUGGGAGCAAAUAAGGAAUAGGCACAUCAGGCAUUAGAGAAAGUGGGCAUCUUGUCCAUGAUAAACACAUGUGCCUUUAAAUACAAAAGUAUGAACUGUGGCUCUGAGCAUUAGAUAAGUAAACUUACGCAGUUUAAUGGAAGAAAGCCUUCUGGUGUCCUUCAUUUCUCAAUAGCCUCUUAUACCCCCUAAAAUUCCUCUCUAGAGGUCUGGGGGGGCCGCCUGAAUAAUGUGGGGUGAGGCUGUGGGCAGAGGACUGGAAACUUUCUUUUUAUGAACUCCUUGGAAGUUAACUUAUCUCAGCCUAUGUGUGUUUGCCCGGAUAGCUGUUACCUAAUGGGGAUUUUGCUGUUGCCAAGUAUUUCAAAACACUGCUUUUCUGAGCAAUGCAAGCUACUUGAUGAAAUGUUUUUGUUUCUUUUAAUGGUUAAAGAUGGUAUUUUGUGUGUGUCUGUGUUUUGUUGUUGUUUUUUUAAAAAAGUAACUGGUGACUUUAUAAUAUCUAGCAGGAAAGUGAUCUGCAGAACAUUUCUAUCUUGUAACCCUUUUGGAUUCCAAAUAACCUGUUGCACUAUCUUGCCAUGUCUUCUCUGGUUGGCCUUCCAACUCUGUUUGCUUUGAUUAUUAUUUUUGCCAUCCAGAGAAGUUAAUUAAUACAAAAAAGCAAAAUGAGACUUGAACUCUCUGGUCUAUGCAGCUCUCCUUUUCGCAAGCUGAUGGCAAACAAUGGUUAUGCAAAAAGAAUAAAGGAAAAGGAACCAAUU